AUGAAGACUAGGAGCAGAGCCAAGUCGCUCCCUCCGCUGCAAUCACGCAAUGGAGCUCAUCACCACGCAAUGGAGUCAGAGAGAGAGCAGCAACGCACACAGGAGCGAGGCAGAUCCAGAAUGCGCAACGACUUGAUGAAGUGCCCAACACCACCUUGGGAUCGUCGGGUAGAUGUGACAUUUCACGAGGAGGCAGCGAUCAUAAGAUCGGUUCGUGGUGCCGAAAGCCUCGAGAGCGCACGAGAGGAGAUUGUCGUAGGGCGGGUAGCCAGAGUAACGACAACGAAUCAUGGAGAUCUCGAAUCUGACACCUACAAAGCCAUCAUUUCGAUUCUCAACUACAACAAGAAGCGACAGAACGCAAUCAACGACUCGUAUUCGAAGGUCUGUGCAAGAUUACGCUUGACCCGAGGCCGCACAUAUACGGCAGGUGAGUCGUGCAUGCUGCUGAAGUUGCCAGUGGGAGCGCGUUUAAUCAUCUGGGGAUACGUUAUGCACGAUGAUCCCAGUCUUGAGCCGAAGCCUAUCCGAAUGCAAGCUUUCAAUCCGUUCUUCAAGGAUGUGUGGCACAUUGCCGGAUUCGAAAACACCAAGGAGCUGUUCUGGUCAUCGCGUGGGGCACUUUCAUCCUGCUUCUCGAUACGGAUGGACCUUCUGGCUUACGUUCUAACCACCCAUCGAUUCCACUUUGUCUUCUCGCCCCACGUCAAGGAACGACUGUGUGCCGAGAUGUUCUACUGGAUCGACCAGUACAGCCAUCUGAUGCGCCACAUAACGAUUGAGCUGGACCUGAGCAAGCUGGGCUUCGGUCCCAGCUCGUCUGCUGCCCACCUUGUGCCUGGAAACCUGAACGUGACCGCUAGCGUGGCUCGGUUCACCGAAAUCCAGGUAGCGCAUCGAUCGAUGUCGCUUGCAAACUUGGUGCUACUAGCACGUCGUUACCAUGGAACCCGGGCGGCAGAAACAGAGGACCAUGGACGCAGCAAGCUGAGACAAUACUGUCCACCUGAUGGCGAUUAUGGAGCUGUAUUUCCUAUUGUCAGGCUGUCAGGCCAGAUCGAGACCCUUCGAAUCGUCGGUUUCAAUGCUUCCACAGCCAGUUGCAUUCUGGCGUCUCUCUUCCCCGACGUCAAUUGUCAGGACCCGGACGAGCUCUCGAGACAUGCCCACAGAGCAGACAUAUCGUGCGUGUGGCCCUUCAUUCCAGGACAGUCGACCGUGCACCGAUAUAUGCAGACCGACGUGAAUGUCAGAGCACAAUAUGGAAAUCCAUCAGGGCUAGCCUACAUCCCCAGCUCAGCACAGAGAGCGAGUGUGGCAAGAAAGCAGUUCAUAAGACUGAGGGAAAUGCUAGAGGCCUAUGACCUGCGCAAACAGAGCGCCAAGGGGUUCAGCGGUAUGACCACAGAACAUCCCACACAGAAGGUCACUCGCCGAAGAACAGUCAAGAUCGGAAGGUUUGGUAGAAAGAAGAGUCAAAAUGAGGGCAGCGACAGAACCAAAAACCACCCCGGUGGCAGUAGCACGGAGAGAAAACCCAGCAACGAUAUGGAAGAGCAGCGGCGGACUAGUAUGAACAAAGCAGCAACCACACCGGCUUCACUAAGCAAGAACAUUGCGCCCAACGCUGAUCACGCGAGCCAGAGCACGGCGAGGGGUUCCUGGUCGAAGCCACUCAAUCUGGCAAGCGCAGGCAGCUUGGGAAGCCUCGAGAGUCUGGGCAGUAUCAGACGGCGCAGUCGUCCCGGCAGUCGGCACAAGCUUCAAAGCGAAGCGACCCGCGGAAGCGUCCCGAGCACAAGCCGAAGCUCCAACAUUGCGCAUCGGGUGGAUAGCCGGCCGGGGUAUGAUGAGGGGGUCAAACAGGACAACCGGCAAAGCGUAUAUAGCCUGCAGGGUGGACCGGCCCGGAAUGCAGGUCAAGGUUGGGCGGCUGAACAAGCGGAAUCGCUGGGGUCGGGAGAAACACCGCGCUCGCAGACUCCGAGAACCAUGGGGAAGACGAGGAGCCUCACUGACUUGAUUCGGCGUACUCCUAGAUCGCCGGCUUGUGCGAGCUUCAAGAGCCCGAGGACCCAUGGGUCACCUGAGCGGACAACAAACGCCGUACACUUUCAGUAG